AUGGCUGAUCGCUCACGGGCAACUACAAACGGGAACGGUGUUUCGCACACCCGCAACGGUGCUUCUUCUGCUGGCGUCCGUCGCAAUCUGUUCCAGAGCCAGUUGACCCGGCGACCUACAGCCGGUUCUACAUCUACGUCUGCCGAGACACUGCAUUUGGAUGUAGAUGUCUUGUCUGAUACCUCUGAGAUCGUGGUUCGCGAUAAGCAUGGCGAGAUCGAGCUUGGAGAUCCGCCGACACCAAUAAUGGAGGAUGAGGAUGAGUUGCCUUUAGAUCAUAGGCAAGAGUGCGAGAAAGAGAGACAAAGGCUCGCAGAAGUCGUUAAGCAUCAUCAGUUGAAUCGGCAUGGAGCCAACGAACAGCCCGAAGAACUGCUUGAAGCUGUUAGGGCGAGUCUACGAGCCAAAGUAGCAGCCCUCAGUGAAGACAAUUGGAUGUUUGAGCCUGAAGAACAACACCGCGGUUAA